CAAGCUACUGGCUGUUGCAAGCGAGUGAAGCAUUGGUUGUUACAAGCGAAUGAAGCAGCGUCGAUGUCCAAAACUUGAAUUAUCGUACAUUCACUUUCUGGAGGGGCGCAAGUCGUGUAGCGAUACUUGUGUAUAACAAACGUCGAGGGCGUGAUUACUUUUGAAGUAGAAGAUACCGUAGUAAUAGAUACACCCCUCCGGGCGGCGCGGGCGCGCACCACACAAUUAUGAAAUUCCAUUUCGACGUAACCACCUGUUUCGGGCUUCUGCGGAAACCCGAGCAGGAGCCGGACUGGGAGAAACUAGAUUUGGACGAGCCGGCAACGGACAAAUCGGGCGGUCCCCGAAAAUUCGCCAUUUCCUCCGACGAGCUGCACUCGUGGCCGAAGAAAGUGAAAAACACCGACGAACUGUCCGAGCUAGUGAGUCCCGUCGCACCGGAAGAGGAGGAAGACGAGCAGGAGGAGGCGGAUCAUGCAGCGGAGGAGCACAACGAGCACCAACAGAGUGAAGGAGGUGAUGGGGAAGGGGCUGCAAAAGAAGCUGCCACCACUCCUCCGCCAGAACAAACUCCUGAGCAGACGCCAGAGACGAACCCUGCUGAACAACAGGCCGCGGCACCAGCCGCAGGACAACAAGAAAAUGCACCUCCCGCUGGUGCUCCUGCUCCCCCACCUCCAGACAAAGCCGAACCGCCACCGCCUCCCGCGCAGGCGUACACGAAGCCAGGGAAUCUGGUUUGUGUCUCUUCCGUCAAACAUUUUGGGGCGCACCACACCGGGGAAAACGCUGAGCGCGCGAUCACGGACAGCUACUGGAGCUUCUGGGGAAAGCCGGAUAGGGUCGCAGCUCUCUCUUCCGAUCCAAGUUUCGCCGCCGGCGGGGGAGGGAUAGAUACGUGGUUUGAGGUCGGGUGCCCGUACGCCGGCGUGCAGAUGUCCAUCCGUUCGAAGUAUGCGAGCACCGCAAGCAGGCAGGCAAAGCUACCGAUCCUGUGCGAACCGAAGACCUUCCCGGGGAAAGACGCAAUCCCGUGCGACGCGUGCUACUCCUGGCAAGAUCACAUUAUCGACUGGAACGCCUGUAAACCGGACAAAGAGGGCGAUCCACCGAAAUGCGCACUGGUGCCGGAAAAGGAGCUGGUUUUGGGUAUUGAUUUUGAACAACUAAUGUUUUUGUGUGCAACCAUUUGUUGGAAUUGUGGCUCGAAAAAUCCUCGAAUAGAAAAUGAAGAACGGAAAUUUUUGAGAUGCAGCAUCCACGAGCUGCUACCCUCACACUUCAGGGUCCCGCCAAGUGAUCGGCCCCUCUGCCUUUUCCGCCAAAGCCCCCGCGCCGCGGGACAACGGGAAGCACAACCUGGGCGGGAUGCAGUUCGUCGCGGACGUGAAGAACUACUUCACUGACCCGGAGAUGGUCGGGAGCGGCUCCCAGAGCCAGGGGAUCAACGUCAUCCUUCACCACCCGAUGCCGCUGCCGCCGAUCGCAGACACGCUACCGGACAACGCCGACGAAACCGAAGAGGAGAAGACCGCGAACCUGAACAAAAGCGGCAGAUUAGACUACCUGUACCCCGAGGUCACGCUCAGCCUGCCGAAGUACAAGUGGCUGCAGGCCUACGCGCGGAACGCGAAGGUGUUUGACGAUCUGCUGAAGAAGGAGCAGCCGAGACUUUCGAAAAUGUCCGUUGCACAGGAUUACAACGACAUGUGCCAGGGAUUGCAGGACAAGGACGUAAACAGAUACUUCUCCCGGCUGCAACAGAUGUUCGCCGACUGCCAGAAAAUGCAAAGCACGUUUAUCGAGCUGAUUCGGGGCCCGGACAAGACCGAGGGCACCACGAUUCCGAUCCUGGAUCCGGAAACCGGCAUGACGAGUUGGCAGGAAGCGACGGAAAUCGGAAAUACGUGUGGCGGGUUGACGAACGUGGAUUUUGAAAAUGCAAAGGUUAAUUACUUGAACUUGUGCAAGAGGACAGAUUAGUAGUAGACGAUGACGAAGAAAUGAUGUGGCUCUGAUCUUUUACGAGACCGGCCUUCCUGUAGAAUGUUUCACUUAGAAUCAGCAACAGAGUCAGAGUACAAACAUAUUACAGCAACGCAAAAUGCACUUCGUUAGCUCGACGACCGACGUAUUUGGUUUUUGUAAAUUCCAAGAGCAAAGAUCAGCGCUCUGGCUCAUGAACAAAAAGAUAAAGAUGCUGAUUGCAGCAGCGCCGGCGUCAGCCUGCUACUUAUAAUGUCCUGCGGAGACUGGAGAGGGAAAACAAAAUCGAGCACACAGUAUCCACCGAAUAACUCGAAAUCAUCUCUGACACUAGUUGCUUAGGCUCAAGCUAAAGCAUACCUCCAGCAGUGAGCACCAGACUGAAUCCUUAUCUAAAGUCGUGCCUCUGUGUGAUCAAUCUCUAAAGAUGAAACUGGCAUGAGCCGCGACAAGGUCCGGGUAUCAUGAUUACGUUGCUGCGCUGCC